AUGGUUGUGUUUGGGGAGGAUGAACCAUAUGGAAAGGAGAAGGGAAAAUUGGGAUCAGACAAGGAUGGAUUGGGGGACUCAGUCAUGAGAGGGGAAUUUGGGGCUGCAACACUUUCUGUAGAGGAAUGUGGGCUGCAUAAUGUUGGUUUUGACUCUUGGGUGAUAAUGGAUUACGAAAGUUGGAUUCUUCUUCGUCAUCUCAGUUGGGGCAAAGCUGGGUUCUUCUUCUGGCUAGCAGGGUGCAACCUUGUAGGCCCCAUUCCUCCUUCUCUAGGAAACUUGACGAAGCUCACAAACCUUGACUUGUCCAUGAACAACCUCGUUAGAAACAUACCUGAACAACUCGUGUCGGGUUUGCACAACAUUGUGCAAAUCGAACUCUACCAGAACUCGCUCUCCGGCACGUUGCCACGCGUUGCGUUUGCAAAGCUUGCUAACUUGGAACGGUUCGAUGCCUCCACGAACGAGUUGACUGGGACGAUUCCGGACGAGUUGUGCGGGUUGAAGAAACUCGGGUCGCUAAACCUGUUCGCUAAUAAACUCGAGGGAACUUUGCCUGAGAGUAUAGUGAAUUCGGAGAACUUGUACGAGUUGAAGUUGUUCAACAACUCACUCUCUGGGUCAUUGCCUAGUGGGUUGGGUGGAAACUCAAAGUUGCAGAGUUUUGACGUUUCGUUUAAUCGAUUCUCCGGUGAGGUUCCGACAAGGUUGUGCAGUGAAGGAGUGUUGGAGGAGCUGAUUUUGAUUUACAAUUCAUUUUCCGGGAGGAUCCCAGACAAUCUCGAGGAAUGCAAGAGUUUGAAAAGGGUUCGGCUUAGGAACAAUAACCUUUCUGGGGUUGUACCAGGGGGUUAUGGGGAAAUAAUUUUUCUGGGUCGAUUCCUGAGGGCAUCGGUGAAUUGGUUAAUCUUGGAGAGUUUGUUGCUAAUAAUAAUAAUCUUACNGAACCUGUUCGCUAAUAAACUCGAGGGAACUUUGCCUGAGAGUAUAGUGAAUUCGGAGAACUUGUACGAGUUGAAGUUGUUCAACAACUCACUCUCUGGGUCUUUGCCUAGUGGGUUGGGUGGAAACUCAAAGUUGCAGCGUUUCGACGUUUCGUUUAAUCGAUUCUUCGGUGAGGUUCCGUCAAGGUUGUGCUGUGUAGGAGUGUUGGAGGAGCUGAUUUUGAUUUACAAUUCGUUUUCCGGGAGGAUCCCAGACAUUCUCGUGGAAUGCAAGAGUUUGAAAAGGGUUCGGCUUAGGAACAAUAACCUUUCUGGGGUUGUACCAGGGGGAAAUAAUUUUUCUGGGUCGAUUCCUGAGGGCAUCGGUGAAUUGGUUAAUCUUGGAGAGUUUGUUGCUAAUAAUAAUAAUCUUACUGGUCGGAUUCCGACAAUUGUGGUUGGGUUGAGUCAGUUGGAUAGGCUGGCGCUCAAUGAACUUGAUUUGGCGAAUAACAAAGUGGAUGGGAGUAUUCCUAAGGAGUUAAUGGACUUGCCUGCGCUUAAAUAUCUUGAUCUUUCUAAUAAUCGUUUAUCUGGUGUAAUUUCAAUUGAGCUGCAGAAUAUGAAGCUGAACUUGUUGAAUUUGUCGAACAAUCAGUUUUCUAGGCGUGAUUCCUCCUCUUUAUGCCAAUGA